CGCUCGCGGGAGGCUCGCGGCGCCGCCACGUUCCGGGCGCCGAGCGCGGGCGGAUGCUCUGAGCGCCGGGCCGGCCCGCACCCCACCCCGCGGCCGGCCGCACCAUGUGAAGGGCGGCCCGGGCGCCCCGAGCGCGUGGAAGAUGGGGGAUGCUGCAGACCCCAGGGACGCGAGGAGGACGUUCAUUGUGCCGGCCAUCAAGCCCUUCGACCACUACGACUUCUCCAGGGCCAAGGUCGCCUGCAACCUGGCCUGGCUGGUGGCCAAGGCCUUCGGGACAGAAAAUGUGCCGGAGGAGCUCCGAGAGCCGUUUUACACGGACCAGUAUGAGCAGGAGCACGUCAAGCCCCCCGUGGUGCGCCUGCUGCUGUCGGCCGAGCUGUACUGCCGCGCAGGGAGCCUCAUCCUCAAGAGCGACGCGGCGAAGCCGCUCCUGGGCCACGACGCCGUGAUCCAGGCCUUGGCGCAGAAGGGGCUGUACGUCACCGACCGAGAAAAGCUGGUGACGGAACGAGAUCUCCACAAGAAGCCCAUCCAGAUGAGCGCUCACUUGGCCAUGAUAGAUACCCUCAUGAUGGCCUACACCGUAGAGAUGAUCAGCGUGGAGAAGGUGGUGGCGUGUGCUCAGCAGUACUCCGCCUUUUUCCAAGCCACAGAUCUGCCCUACGACAUCGAGGACGCGGUCAUGUACUGGGUGAACAAGGUAAAUGAACAUUUGAAAGACAUCAUGGAACAAGAACAGAAAUUGAAGGAACACCACACAAUUGAAGCUCCGGGAGGUCAAAAGUCUCCUUCCAAGUGGUUUUGGAAACUGGUUCCAGCUCGUUAUAGGAAAGAGCAAACAUUGCUGAAGCAGCUGCCUUGCAUUCCACUGGUAGAAAAUUUGUUGAAAGAUGGUACCGACGGCUGUGCGUUAGCGGCCCUGAUCCAUUUUUACUGUCCUGGUGUUGUCAGAUUGGAAGACAUUUGUCUGAAAGAAACCAUGUCUUUGGCUGAUAGCCUGUACAACCUGCAGCUGAUUCAAGAGUUUUGCCAAGAAUACCUAAACCAGUGUUGCCAUUUCACCCUGGAAGAUAUGCUGUAUGCGGCUUCCUCCAUAAAGAGCAAUUACUUGGUGUUCAUGGCGGAACUCUUCUGGUGGUUCGAGGUUGUGAAGCCCUCGUUCGUUCAGCCCCGCGAUGUUCGUGCACAAGGAGCUGAGCCUGUGGACGAUCCGCCUUCAGUUCCUGUCUUUAAUGCUGCCCAGAGACACGCCCUGGACAGCCCUGAUCUCAGUCCAGGGGGGGAGGGCGCGGCCUUCACUCACGCGCCUCACCACGUGCCCACCAGACGCGCACGUGCCCAGGCUCCUGCUUCUGCCCCAGGAGGAAUAAGAAGGUCUUCAUCCAUGUCUUACGUUGAUGGCUCCGUCGGGACCUGGCCCAAGGAGAAGAGAUCAUCAGUGCAUGGAGUUUCAUUUGACAUUUCUUUUGAUAAAGAAAAUACUGCACAGAGAUCCACUCUAAACCGAGGAAUCACCCGUUCUAUCAGUAACGAGGGACUUACCCUGAACAACAGUCGUGUGUCUAAGAACAUUAGGAAAAACUUGUCCUUCAAGCCCGUCAACGGGGAGGAGGAAGCAGAAGGCAUUGAGGAGGAGCUGAACGUGGGCUCUCACGGCGACCUGACGGCCUACCUGCCCCUGAACACAGACGAACUGAAUUCUGAUGAGAACCUGCAUUAUAAGCUUCCAAAUGGAGCUUUACAGAACCGAGUGCUUCUGGAUGAGUUUGGCAAUCAGAUCGGGACCCCGAGCAUUGAGGAGGCUCUGCAGAUAAUCCACGACACCGAGAAGACGCCCCGCCCACCCCAGACGGACCACAUCGCUAAUGGCUUCUUCCUUCACAGCCAGGACGCCAGCGUCCUGCGCUCCAGCAGCCCGCUGGGCCGGCCCAGCCCCGAGAGCACGACCGAUGGGAAGGGCGCCUUGAGCCCCGUUACUGACAACACCGAGGUGGACACUGGGAUCCACGUCCCUUCCGAAGACAUCCCCGAGACGAUGGAUGAGGACUCCUCCCUGAGAGACUACACUGUCAGUCUGGACUCCGACAUGGACGACGCUUCUAAAUUCCUUCCGGAUUAUGACGUGCGAGGCGGCCAGCCCAGAGAUGCGCUGAGCCCCUGCCCCAGCACCGUGAGCACCAGGUCGCAGCCCGGCAGCAGCGCUUCUUCCAGCUCCGGCGUGAAGAUGACCAGCUUUGCCGAGCAGAAGUUCCGGAAGCUGCACCAUGCCGACGGGAAGAGCAGCGGAGGCAGCUCCCAGAAGACGACGCCCGAGGGCUCGGAGCUCAACAUCCCUCACGUGGUGGCCUGGGCUCAGAUCCCGGAGGAAGCGGGCCUGGCGCAGGGGCGGGACACCACGCAGCUGCUGGCCUCCGAGAUGCUGCAUCUCAGGAUGAAACUGGAAGAAAAGAGGCGCGCUAUCGAGGCCCAGAAGAAGAAGAUGGAGGCCGCUUUCACGAAACAAAGGCAGAAGAUGGGUCGGACGGCGUUCCUCACGGUAGUGAAGAAGAAAGGGGACGGGGCCUCCCCUCUUCGCGAGGAGGCGGCCGGUGCUGAGGACGAGAAGGUGUUCACCGACCGGGCCAAGGAGAAGGGGCCACCACGAGCCCACGGGCAGAGGAGCAAGUCUCUGGCGGACAUAAAGGAGGGAGCGGAGAACCCUCAGGGCGGGUGGCUGAAGUCACCUGCCGCCCCCGUGGACCCUGAGAAGCAGUGGGGCCUGGCCAGCCCCUCGGAAGACACUCUGAACGAAGGGGAGCUCCUGGAGUACACCAGGUCCAUCGAGAGGCUGAACUCCUCCCUGCACUUCCUGCAGCAGGAGAUGCAGCGCCUGUCCCUGCAGCAGGAGCUGCUGAUGCAGAUGCGGGAGCAGCAGGCCUGGGUGAUCUCGCCGCCCCAGCCCUCCCCGCAGAAGCAGCCGCGGGACUGCAGAGCCCCCCGGCAGGCCGGCGCCCCAUUCUCCACGGACUCCCCGCGUCCUGGCCACCCGUCUCCCCAGUCUAAUACCAGGAAGAGUGCAUCUUUCUCUGCUAAGAGUCAGAGGACUCCCAGGCCAAAUGAGUUAAAAAUCACCCCGUUGAACCGGACGUUGACGGCCCCGCGCUCCGUGGACAGUCUUCCCCGCUUGAGGAGGUUCUCGCCCAGUCAGGUCCCCAUUCAGACCAGGUCGUUUGUGUGUCUGGGGGACGAUGGAGAGCCUCAGGCACAGGAGCCCAGGCGGAAGGAGGAGGGUAGAAAGGAGGAGCCGGGGUCCGCAGGGUGUGGACACAGCGCGGAGGGAGGGGAGAGCCAGCCUCUGCCCUUGGCCGCCCCUGAGGGCCCGAUGCAGCCUGUCCCCGAGCCCGCGGGCCCCUCCCCUGAUGGGGACCCACCAACGCACCCUGCAGAGCCGCCUUCGAAGCCAGUGUUCCCACCUGCUGCUCCCAGAAAUGUCAGUCUGAUUGAAGUCUCCCUCUCAGAUCUGAAACCGCCUGAAAAGGCUGAUGUGUCUGUUGAAAAGUACGAUGGAGAAAGUGAUAAAGAGCAAUUUGAUGACGACCAGAAAGUGUGCUGCGGAUUCUUCUUCAAGGAUGAUCAAAAAGCAGAAAAUGAUAUGGCGAUGAAGCGGGCAGCUUUGCUGGAGAAACGGUUGAGGAGGGAAAAGGAGACGCAGCUGCGGAAGCAGCAGCUGGAAGCGGAGCUGGAGCACAAGAAGGAGGAGACCCGGCGGAGGACGGAGGAGGAGCGGCAGAGGAAGGAGGACGAGCGGGCGCGCAGGGAGUUCAUCCGGCAGGAGCAUCUGCGGCGCAAGCAGCUGAAGCUGAUGGAGGACAUGGACACGGUCCUCAAAGCCCGGCCGCAGCCGGCCCGGCCCAAGAAGCAGCGGCCAAAGUCCAUUCACAGGGACCACGUCGAGUCCCCCAGGACGCCCGUGAAGGGUCCCCCAGGUAACGUGCUCGUGGUGAAGAGUCUGUUGAGGAAGCAGCCUGUGUCACGCCGGCUGCCGGAAUCGGAGUCUGUGGAAGGCUUUCUGUCCCCCGGCCGCUGCGGCAGUCGGAACGGGGAGAAGGACUGGGAGAACGCGUCCACCACGUCGUCCGUGGCCUCCGGGGCGGAGUACACAGGACCAAAGCUCUACAAAGAACCCAGUGCAAAAUCCAAUAAGCACAUAAUACAGAACGCGUUAGCUCACUGCUGUUUGGCUGGAAAAGUAAAUGAAGGUCAGAAGAAAAAAAUACUGGAGGAGAUGGAGAAGUCGGACGCCAACAACUUCCUGAUCUUGUUCCGGGACUCGGGCUGCCAGUUCAGGUCUCUGUACACGUACUGCCCGGAGACUGAGGACAUUAGCAAGCUGACUGGGAUAGGCCCCAGGGCGAUCACUAAGAAGAUGAUCGAGGGACUUUACAAAUACAACUCCGACAGGAAGCAGUUUAGCCACAUACCUGCUAAAACCUUAUCCGCCAGUGUCGACGCGAUCACCAUCCACAGCCACUUAUGGCAGACCAGGAGGCCUGUGACCCCCAAAAAACUCUUACCCGCAAAAGCGUAGGGGCUGGGGGUGCUCGCUUCAGACGCUUGUGGUAAGUUUGCACGUCAUCUUUCCUGCCUGUAGAAGCCUUUCUGAUUGCCAGCAGGCUUUUAGUAAUUGGACUGCACAUUCAGCUCUGUGGUCAUGACAACUGGAAUGUAGCCCGGUGUCUGGGGUGGGAGCGGGUGACGGAGAGGCGUUUGGACGCGCGGUGGAGGCUGUGUCGCCGGGUCCUCCUGGUGGUGUGCCCGGCGCUGAAGCGCUGAGUUCUCACGGACACGACUUGGACCCAGGAUUGAAGUACGGCUGAGAUUGUGAAUUACGUGUCUUACUUGUUGCUUCUGUUUUCACCUUUCUGAUGUGUGUGCUCGUCUGCGGGCACUUUGUUUCACUGUUUCCUCCCCUGGGCGUUUGCUCUGAGGUCCUUGGUGUCUGGUUUCACGAUCAGGAGAGUAGGAAGCAGGCCCUCGGAGUCACGCGCACCUUCCCGCGAGGCUGCGAGGAACACUAGUGUUGAGUUUUACAGUGACCCUCAUGUUUUGAUGGUGUUAGAGUAUUUGCAAGAAUUGCUCUGCUCAGUAUUUACAAUCCUGUAUUUAUUAUUCACUCAAGUAUUAACGUUUCUCCAUUGGGUAAGAGGAGGACUUGUGAGGAGAGAGCUGCUAUAGGGUCGCUGAAGCCACGUGAGCUUAACGCAGGACAUGCUGACCGACGUUGCUGAUUAAAUCAGUGCUGGUCUCACACCACUUCUGGCCAACUCAGAAUAGGUUAGAUUGUUCUUUUAACAAAAAGGCUUUCUAUCUCUUUUAAAGUCUGUCACUUUAUAAGCUGGCAGAAGUGGAUGGCACUUUGAGAGAAGUCUCUGAGUCUGAGGAUGGGAGACUUCCUGCCGCAAGUUCUCAAGAGGUCUUUACAUUAUAUUUAUAACUGAUAUAAAAAUUAUAUUUAGAAUUUUUAAACAUGUACAAAGGGCUACAUUUUAAUUUUAAAAUAGCUUCACCUUAUUUUACUUAUAUUGAGUUUUUCUUCCUUUUUAUUCUUCUCAAGUGGGACGGCUUGGAUUUACGUCCAUGCUUGAACCCUUCUCUACGUGAUCUUUAACCGUGUGUACCAGAGGGCUAGUGGGGGACCUUCAUUCUCAGGAAAAGACUUGAAUGAUGCUUGGCCCUGUCAUGUUUCAGUGUUGUGGUGGCUGUGUAGCUAGAGGGGAGGACAGCGUUGUACCUGUACGAGGUGCGUGGUUGGCUUUCUUUCACGGGAAGUAGAGACUGAAAUAGACCCAUUUCUCUAAUGAGUUGUCUGGAGAAAUGACUAGUAUCUCGUAUGAUGUAUUUACUUAUUUUUAAAGAAGUAGGAGUGAGAUGUCGCUGAGCUGCACUUUCCUGUUCCUAUGAGGCCAUGAGGCAUCAGUGCAUCUGGGUUAUCGACAUUUUCUCAAGUGUUGUCAAUAUUUUACUGUAAUUUAUGUUCUUAUAUUUAUGUAUAUUUGUUUAAACUGUAAAAAAAUUUUCACAGAUUUUUUUCCAAUUCCUGUGCAAGAUACAUGUGUAGCUCAAAACUAUUUGUGAUCUACUGUUUGCAUGUAGGAGACCAGGAUAUGUAACUCUUAUAUUUUAAGUGUAUACAUACUGUGUAUAUAAUGUAUGAAGAUUAAAAAUGGGGAAUUGCACAUUUUACCUUUCAGACAACAGUUUCUAUCACAGGAAACGAUUUUCAAAAACAUGUUUAGAUUGACUGAAAAAAAGUAAGUGAAUCUAAACAAAAUGUGGUGAAAGUCAAAAGGAGAAUUAAGAAGCGUUUUACGUUACUAAAUUUGUUCUUUUCAGUCACUUAAAUUUCCCUUACCUAAAGCAAUCAUUGUGAUGUUACUUGGCCAUUAAAUUUUUAAAAAUUGGAUGCAAGACAAUGGAGGAAGUAAUUAAAACCAGUCAGGACCACGCUUUAUCCUUAAACGUGUGUGUGUCCCAACAGGUAGGACGUGAACAUCGCACGGAAGUCCCUGCUCUCAGUGUAAUGUUUCACUCUACUAAUGCAGGAAGAAUACGGACAGUUAUUUAAGUCUGCAGAUUCUUUUCUAUUAUGGGGCAGCUUUUUAAAAAUUAUGUUUUAAAAAUUAUACCAAUGAAAAUUAUGCUAUUUCGUAAAGUCUGGAGAGUUUCAUUGAAACCCACUGGUGCUUCUCAUCAUUGGAGGUCAAAUUCUUAGGAUAAUCAUUCAGUUCAGUUUGCCGAACGCUCGUCAUGGUUACCGGUGCAGCUGUCGAAGUCUGCUGCUUGACACAGCUGGGGAAAGCUUUUAAUUCCUCUCAGCUUUUCGGUUUUGUUUUAGAAAGACUGUUACAGUUUUUAUGUGGCUGUUGAAAGCCGAAUUCAGCUUCCAGAUGGUGGCUUCAUGGACACUUCGGGCAGCGUGCGGCCUGCGGAGUGUUCCCCUGUCCGCUCGAGAGCACUGCUGGCAGGCUUGGUUGAGAUGCUGUAAAUUGGGUCGUGUCUGCUGCUUCCUGGUACCAUGUAGCUUUCCCCUUUCGUUUGAAUAAAAGCAUGGCAGCCAGUGA